GUUUGAAUGGGGAUUGAAUAUUGAAUACGAAAAAUAAGAAAAUGGGAAAAUGGUCAUUUUGAAAGCUGUUGUUGUUUUUUAGAAAUAGCUUUUAAAAGACACUUAAUAAUGAAUUUUUAUUCACUAAUUAUAUGCUUGAUAAGCAUAUUGGCUUUAGCACAGGGACAAUCAUAUGAAGAUAAAAGAUGUAAGUGUAUUUGUCCAAGUAUAUCUUCAGUAACUAACAGAACAGAAUUAAAAAACCAUACCUCUAGGAUUAUGUACAUUACUAAUGUUCCACCAAAUCAAUGUAAUUGUGAUGGUGUGAUACUACCUAGAAUUGGCGCAGAUAUUGUAGGGAAGGAGCAAGAAUUUUGUCCUAGAUGUGACUGCAAAUAUGAAAAUCGAAAUACAACUAUCAUUAAAGUUGUAGUUAUUAUUGUUAUUUGGGUAAUAUCAAUAUUAGUUAUAUACAUGGCAUUUUUAAUAAUACUAGACCCAUUACUCAACAAGAGGAUAAAAGGGAAUUAUCAGGAACACACAAAUGAAGAUGAUGAAGUAGCUGCGGGGCCCAUGUCUCACAAUAUGAGUGUUAGAGGUAAUGUUUUAAAUAGAGUGGGACAUCAACAAGAUAAAUGGAAAAGACAGGUUAAAGAACAAAGGAAAAAUAUUUAUGAUCGUCAUACUAUGUUAAAUUAAAAAAAAAAAAAAAUUAAGCAGAUUCAAGGUGAAAUUUGUAAGCAAUUACCUACCUACCUACCCUAAAU